AUGGAUGCCAAUUCAAAAGAGCAGACCGAUGGCGAGCAUAAUCAAGAGCACGCGAAUACAAAUAGCUCCACAAGUACGAGCGAUGACGAAGAAUUUCAAACCGAAAUAAAGCACAGGCACCGGUUCUCGACUUCUGAGCUCGAGUUGCUCGAAGAACUCUAUCGAAGACACCCUCGGCCAUCUUCAAGCGAAAAAAAGGCGAUGGCCGCAAAACUGGACACCACUCCAGGUCGAGUCCAGGUGUGGUUGCAGAACAGGCGUGCAAAAGAAAGAAAGGCACAGUCCUCGCAAGAACAUGGGCGGUCCCCUAAGCGUGAUUCUGGAUAUCCACACGUCUUGCCAGUCAGAACCACACUGGCUACAAAUGAUCCAGAUCUAUUGUAUUCCAAUACCAGCACUGUUCCCCUCAGUCAUCAAAGUCCUACAGUAACAGUCGACAGUUCUAAACACACCGCUACUGCUACCACUGCCACUGCCACUGCCACAACUGUUUCUGCUACAGCUAGUGGCAGAAUUACUACUAGUGAUAGUGGUAGUAGUAUGUCAAUGUCUGACCGCGAAGCUUUCUUCAUUAACUCCAGAUCUAGCCACAAUAAUCACAACCUUCACAACCUUCACAAUCACCACAAUUACCGUAACCACCAACAUCACCACCACCACCAUCACCACCCAAGCCAAAAUAUCAACCCCAAUCUAAAUCCAAAUACAAAUCCAAAUCCAAACCAAUACUCUAGCGAAACUUUUCCAGCUUACCAACAUUUUAUGGACAGUUCAGGUAGUCACCCGCCUAUUUUUACUUCACAUAGACCAGAUAUUGGAAUUGUCACAAGUAUGCACCCUUCUGUAUUUCGACAGCAAGGUCAAAUGUGGCCGUUCCCGACACUGCACCCACACGAACACAAUGGUCCCGGAUUGAUUAGCAGCUACCCGAGCUCUCACCAAAUCAAUGAGAGUGUACAGGAAGCACGAAAUACACAUAGCCAUGAUCAGGCAUCCGACAAAGGGAAAAACUCCAUUUGUUGA